AUGGACAGGAUUUUCUGUGCCUUGCUGCUCUCUUUACAGCUCCUCCUGCAGAGCUACAACGUGUGCGGGGCCCCUCCGCAGCCCAGAGGCACCCUGUGCAGGACCAAGCCCACCGACCUGGUGUUCAUCAUCGACAGCUCGCGCAGCGUCCGCCCGCACGAGUUCGAGAAGAUCAAAGUCUUCGUGUCCCGGGUGAUCGAGGGGCUGGACGUGGGGCCCAACUCCACCAGGGUGGGCGUCAUCAACUACGCCAGCGCUGUCAAGAACGAGUUCUCCCUCAAGACCCACCACACCAAGGCUGGGCUCCUGCAGGCCGUGAGGAGGAUCGAGCCGCUCUCCACGGGCACCAUGACCGGCCUGGCCAUCCAGUUCGCCAUCAGCAGGGCCUUUAGUGACUCAGAAGGGGGCAGGGCCAGGUCUCCCAACUUCAACAAG